CCCAGGCCCAAUACGAAAUCUUAUUUCCUCUUUUGAUGGACAAGAUGAACAGACAAGACAAACCAGACCCAAGGACGAAAUUGGAAAACCCCGGAAAAACCGCCAUUUGGAGAUUUGAAAUCGUUUUUGUGCUUUGAAACGUUGCUUGCUUGAACCGUACUUUUCCGAAUUCAGUUUCGAAACAUGACACAUGCCUUCAACUUUGCAUCAACUCACGACCAGGAUCGUGUCUUUGUCAAGGUCCGGCCUUAUUACAAGCGCUCGCAAACUGUUCGACGAAAUGCCUCAAAAGGAUUCAAUCACUUGGAACGCAAUGCUUUCAAGCUACUCCCAACUGGGUCUUCACAAAGAUGCUCUCUCUCUCUUCCAUCUCAUGAGAAUCAGCAACGCGAAGCCCGACCACUUCACCUUCACAUCAACUUUAAACGCUUGUUCCGGCCUCGGUUCACUUCAGACCGGGAUGAAAACCCACGCGUUAAUCAUUGCUUUUGGGUACCAAUCCUUUUUACCUGUUAAUAAUUCUCUCGUUGAUAUGUAUGGGAAAUGCUUAGUUCCUUCUAGUGCAAGAAAAGUAUUUGAAGAGAUGGGUCAAAGUCAAAGAAAUGAAGUAACUUGGUGCUCUCUUUUAUUUGCUUAUCUGAAUUCUGGUCUGUUUAAUAUAGCAUUUGAAACCUUUUAUGGAAUGCCAAGCAGGGUCUUAGUUGCGUGGAAUAUUAUGAUUUCAGGUUUUGCUAGAUUUGGAGAGGUUGAAGUGUGUAUUAAUUUGUUUAAAGGUAUGAAAGAGAGUUUGUGUUGUUGUCCGGAUCAGUGGACUUUUAGUUCUCUAAUGAAUGUGUGUACCGAAUCAUUGGAAUACACAUGUGGGUGCGCUGUGCAUGGUUUUAUUAUUAAAAGUGGUUGGAGCUCAGCUUUGGAAGCUAAGAAUUCAAUUCUAAGCUUUUAUGCUCAACUAGGUUGUGUGGAUGUUGCUAUGAGGGAGUUUGAGUCUGUAGGGUUGCUCAAUCAAGUGUCUUGGAAUGCUAUGAUUGAUGGUUAUAUAAAAAUGGGGAACACCUGUGAAGCCCUUAAUGUGUUUCGGCACCUACCUGAGAAGAAUGUGAUUUCGUGGACAUGUAUGAUUGCAGGGUAUGCAAGAAAUGGGGAAGGAGAACAGGCUCUUAGCUUCUUUGUUCAGAUGGUGAGAAGUUGUGUACUCCCAGAUGAUUUUGCAUUUGGAGCUGUACUUCAUGCAUGCUCAAGUUUGGCAGUACUUGGGUAUGGCAAAAUGGUCCAUGGUUGUGUGAUUCGAUAUGGUUUUCAAGCCUAUGUCUAUGUUGGCAAUGGCCUGGUUAACAUGUAUGCUAAAUGUGGGGAUAUCAAAGGGUCAAGCUGUGCAUUUAAUGAUAUUCUUGAGAAGGAUUUGGUCUCUUGGAACGCAAUGUUGUUUGGAUUUGGAAUGCAUGGGUUGUCUAGCAAAGCUUUACAGCUCUAUGAUGAUAUGGUGGCACAUGGGGCAAAGCCUGAUAAAGUAACCUUCAUUGGCUUGUUGAUGACUUGUAGCCAUGCAGGGCUUAUUGAUAAAGGUCGUAUAUUUUUUGAUUUGAUGGGCUCUGCAUAUGGGCUAACCUAUGAAAUGGAUCAUGUGGCAUGCAUGGUAAGUAUGCUCGGCCGGGGUGGGUAUUUGGCAGAGGCAAAUGAGUUGGCUAGUAAAUACUCAGAAAAAGAGACUGUUGCGGCUAAGAGCACCUCAUAUGAAGCCUUGCUAGGAGCAUGUUCCGUGCAUGGGGAUGUCGGAAUGGGGAUUAGUAUUGCGGAUCGUUUACAAAUUUUGGAAGCUCAGAAAGAUAUGGUUUAUGUGUUAUUAUCAAACUUGUAUUGUGCUAGUGGGCAGUGGAAGGAAGCGGAGAUUGUCAGGAAAGCAAUGGUGGAUAAAGGGGUAAAGAAAAUGCCUGGUUAUAGUUGGAUUGAAGUGAAAAAUAGGGUGACAGUUUUUGUUGCAGGAAACAAUUCAGAUACAUAUAUGGAAGAGUUAUAAACAUAUGGAAGAAUGCAAAGGUGCUGCAUCCAAAUGAAUUUAACUGCAUUUUUUUUGACUCGGGAUCAGAGGACACUUGCAUUCAUAUGUAUUAAGCUAUCUUCUCACAGCAGCCAGUCUUAAGGUUGUUAUGUCCAAAUACAGAAUAUGUAGCAAAGAUAUAUGCAGAGGAAGACUUGGAAAAGAUAUAUGCAGGUUCAACAUUUUACUGAGAAACAGAUUUCAUUGUGGUGUUUACUCACUGAGGUUAUAACAUAAUGUCAAAGAGGGCUACUUUCAGAUUAAAAAGCGCUCAGAGGCAAAAACCCAGUGCUCCUGUCUUCCCAAAGUCAUGUUUCCAUUACAAUUACAAUGUUGAUCCUAUCAGCUGGAAACUACAGUGUUUGGACUUAGCGCAAACUUUCUUCCCCUGGAAACAUGAGGAAAAGGAAAUGAAUUCGCUGCUUGGUUUGACGUUCAUUUGACUCCAAGUCAAUCAAUGGAGGAUAGUGAGCCUUGAAUUGACUCCAUAGAAUAAGCAUGCCUAAAGAUCACCACUUGGGCAAUGACAGAGCAUUUUGUCACCUCUUAUGGUAUAUGUCAAACUCAAAAAGGUACACAUAUCAAACGGAAAUUGAUUCCUUUACUUGCACAACUAGGUACUGGGAAGAGUUUGACUAGUCCGUGACCCAUUCAAGUCCUCAAGGCUGGCUACUUUCCCACUAAAUCUCCAAGCUUUUAUUAUGUAUAUAACAAUAAUAGUAAUGGCUAGUACAUUUCUUCAAA